AUGUUAAAGAUUCAACAGCAACCCAAUACAAUCUACGAUAAACAAUUGAUACAAUGCGUUAUAGUUCAUGCAAUAAACUUUUUUAUUCGUCAAGUAGAAGAAACAGCAAAAGAAUUCUUAAAGAAUUGUAAUUUCCAAGAAACUAUAGAGCAUUAUGGAUAUUAUUUCAGCGAAUGUGAUGAUACAGAUGAUGAAGAAGCUUAUUUAUUAUCGCUACAAAAGGAAGAGGAAGAAAAAGAAGAAGAUCAAAUUAAAAUUUCAGAAUAA